AUGACCAGCGACCCGACUCGUUCAGGCCUUCACCCCGUCUCCCAUCUUAAAGCCGGCCCAACAACCUCAAGUUCCAAGUCAACCGCCUCGCCGGGGUCAUCCAAGCUACAACCAUCUUCACCCGCAUCACACCGACCACGACUGCCAAAGUCCUCGAGUCGCGAUGAAACGUUUAACCCGACAAGUGAUAGGGCGACUGUCGCGUUGAUUCGACGCGUACUGUGCCCUCAGGCCUCCAACCAAAGCGGCACUUCCGGUCCGCAGACUCUCGAAGAGUUGCCUCCGCUGACAAGCUCCAACGAUGUUGACCGUCAGCUGUAUGCUCUGAUAGCCAUCAUUAUCAAAGAAUUUGUUCUAUCUUGGUACUCGAAAAUCACAACGGACCAAGUCCUCAUCAGUGAAGCUCUUCAGGUGAUUGCGCAUUGCACCCGUGCACUGGAGCAGCGACUCCGAAGUACAGACGUCGCUGGUUUGAUCCUGGAUGAGAUACCGGCUUUGAUUGAAUCACAUAUUACCUCAUACCGGCUGGCGAAAGAACAGUCUGCUAACUCCGCCUUCUCUCCUUCUCUUCGAGACGUAUAUCAUACUUUGAGCCCUCACCCGGGACUUUCGCCUGUUCCAGAUCUCUCUAAUUCCCGUGCCGUCGAACAGCAGCUUGAGAAUGAAACAGCCUACCGUCAGAUGCUGGUACAAAGCAUGCUGGCAGUGCUCCUUCCGACGGAAGACCUGGAGAACCCCUGUCUGCGGACCUUGGUUGGGGAUAUCUUUGCGGACCUCAUUCUUGGGAACGAGAUCAGUGGGAAAAUAUGCGAAGGUUGGUUUCUGUGGGAGAGUGUCACAAAACUUCUUGAGGUGGUGGGACAAUCCGCAAACAGAGAGGGCAAUACGACGGACGACGCAGUAUUACGCCAGCAAAGCCAGCUACAAAAAUUCGGCCUGCUGUCACCCAGGGAGGACUUCCAGGGAAGCGGGUUGUCUCAAAAGGUCCAAUUACGGGUCCCAGACUGGGUGUGGACCAUCCUUCAACUUGUCUACUUGGCCUAUGUGACCUUGCAUUUUAUUGUGAUGGGCCUAUUCCGUGUUGCAUCGACACCGCUUCGUUCGUCACCAGUGAGCAGCGCGUCUCCAAUUGACGAAGCAAAAGAAACGACUACCUUCGGCAAGAUUUCGACGCAGCGACCCGUUCUUCAGUAUCGAGUGUUUGGCAUGGUUUCGCACCUAUUGGAUGUCCCUCGGCGAAUGCCUUGGCUUGGAGGACUGCUGGCACUCCUCCAGUACCAGAUCGUAGCGGGUCCGGGCAGAUUAGGCGCCACUGGUAGCGUCCUUGAUAGUCCUUCUCCACAUGUCCGGGGUUCUACCACCUGCUUCACCGGGGCUUCUCUUUCUACCGUUGCGCAAUUCGACUGUCCAUGCAUCUUUUCUGGCCUGGAGGGAGUGCUUGGCUGGCGCUGGUUCCUUCGCGAGACCAUUGAGGACCAUGUCCUGACCCCCACUCUAUUUCCCAACUUGCUUCUCGCGUCGAGGGCGGCACUGUUCCCCUCGAACGCUCGUCCCCCAGCCGCCGAUACGACGCAACCUCCGCAGUCGCGGUCUGUGCAACCGCCCGCGCCCCCUCCAGAAAGGGGCCGCCCGCCUAACGAUGCGCCAGCGGCAAGUACCGCCAGCAGUAGCGAUUCGACGCGUAUGGUGGUAGCGACUGCGCCUUCCUUAUCGCCGGACCAGUCCGUUUCCGCGCCCGACAUCGCUUCCAUCAAGCGACAGUGCGCGGUCAGCAUCCUCUCCGUCGUUCCCCGCUCCGUCGCUCGGCGCUUCUUUGGUCUCUCGUCCACAAAUGCCGCCCAACCCGCGCCCCUUAAUACCCAAGGAGACCAUCACCUGAGACAUUCUCCAGAGGAAGCGCCUCAUGCUCAAAGCCUGAAUCCCUCUAGAGCGUCCUCGCCUGUCUCGCUUUCGCACCAGAGUCCAGAAGAUUUGGCUCUCCUGGAGGCGGUUGAAGACGAGAUCCUCGAUCUCUUCGCCGAUUCGUAUUGCAACAAAUAUCUAAUUUACGCGAUCAUCGAGACGGUCCUGGUCAAGCUCCUUCCUGAAUUAUCGGAGCGAAGUCUCUCCGAACUGAUGGAGGAUAGGGGCAUCCCCCUGGUCAGCGGCUGA